AAGAGGAAGAGGAGGAGGAAGAAGAAGAGGAAGAGGAGGAGAGGAAGAAGAAGAAGAAGAAGCGGGCCAACUGCUGGGAUGAGCGCCGCGGCCGCGACCGGGGUCUUCGUGUUAUCCCUCUGCGCCAUCCCCGUCACCUACCUCUUCAACGCUUUGGCUGCCGCCGGCAGCCCUUGGGUCAUUGUAGCAUCUGGAUUGUUGAUUCUGGUCUUGGUGGGUUUGGCAGCCCGAUUUCUAGUGAAAAGGAGACCACCCAGCGAUCCACUUUUCUAUGUUUAUGCCGUCUUCGCUUUCACCAGCAUUGUGAAUCUAAUCAUUGGGAUGGAACACGAUGGGAUAAUUGAUGGAUUCAUGACUUAUUACUUGAAAGAGGGUGAGCCUUAUCUGAACACAGCUUACGGGCACAUGAUUUGCUACUGGGAUGGUUCCGUCCAUUAUCUGAUGUAUCUUCUGAUGGUGGCAGCCAUUGCCUGGGAGGAAAAUUAUCGGAUGAUUGGCUUGUACUGGAUGGGAUCCAUCACAAUGAGCAUAAUUGUCUUUAUCCCUGGAAAUAUUGUGGGAAAAUAUGGAAUGAGACUGUGUCCUGUCUCUUUGUUAAGUGUGCCGUAUAUUUGUCUCCCAAUAUGGGCUGGUUUCAAAAUCUAUAAUCAACCUCCAGCAGCUGUCGAUUUCCCAACGAAGGUUAUCAAAGAAGUUCAAAAGCAGAAUCUCCUGAGAAGACCGACUGACUUUCUCUUGGCUUCGUAUUUCAUUUUUGCAACAGGAUUCUGUCUCUUCAGGGGCAUGAUUGUUUUGGACUGCCCAGGGGAAUUGUGUCGACUUUACAGCCAACUUCAUGAGCCAUACCUCAAGGAUCCCGCUGCCUAUCCAAAGCUUCAGCUUUGUGGACCAACAGGGUGGGGUGGGGGUGGGGAAAAUGGUUUUGCACGAGUGUGCUAG